UAGAUCUUGGCCGCUAGGGUUUUAUAAAACCAGAUUUCUCCCACUCCUUCGAAGCCUCCUUUUUGCCCCUUUCCGAACGCCGCGAAGGCGAGAGCCCCCAUCAGAGAAGCGGGAUGGUUUUUGUGAAAGCCCAGAAGACCAAGGCUUACUUCAAGCGUUUUCAAGUGAAGUUUAAGAGAAGGAGGGCUGGGAAGACUGAUUAUCGGGCUAGGAUUCGCCUCAUAAAUCAGGAUAAAAAUAAAUAUAACACUCCCAAAUAUCGAUUUGUUGUUCGAUUUACUAACAAGAAUAUCAUCGCACAAAUAGUAUCUGCAAGCAUUGCCGGUGAUAUGGUCAUGGCAGCAGCAUAUGCCCAUGAGCUACCCCGUUAUGGAUUAGAAGUUGGUCUCACUAACUAUGCUGCAGCAUACUGCACUGGCCUUCUUUUGGCCCGCCGCGUGUUGAAGAUGCUUGAAAUGGAUGAGGAAUAUCAGGGAAAUGUUGAGGCCACCGGGGAGGACUUUUCAGUGGAGCCAGCUGAGAGCAGGAGGCCAUUCCGGGCUCUCUUGGAUGUUGGUCUUCUUAGAACCACCACUGGAAAUCGUGUUUUUGGUGCUCUCAAGGGAGCAUUAGAUGGUGGUCUUGAUAUUCCUCACAGUGAGAAGCGCUUUGCUGGUUUCAAGAAGGAUGACAAGCAACUUGAUGCGGAGGCUCAUAGGAAGUAUAUCUUUGGUGAUCAUGUUGCCUGUUACAUGAGGGUCUCUUUGAUGGAUGAUGAACCUGAGAAAUACCAGUCACACUUUAGCGCCUACCUAAAGAAAGGACUUGAAGCUGAUGACAUAGAGGAGAUGUACAAGAAGGUGCAUGCAGCCAUUCGAGCUGACCCAAUGCCAGUGAAAUCUACCAAGGAACCACCCAAGGAGCAUAAGAGGUAUAAUCUGAAGAAACUGACAUACGAGGAGAGGAAGGCCAAACUUGUUGAGCGAUUGAAUGCUCUUAAUGCAGCUGAACCUGAUGAUGAGGAAGAUGAUGAGUGAGCUCAGAACCUGGAUUUUGACCUACUGUCUUGCAUUUCUUCCUACUAUCUCGGAUUUAGAACUUUUAUUGUGCUUAGAUCUUCAUCCAGUCUUUAUUCAAAACACAUUUCAAAUUUUGACUUUCAAGUCUUAGAUUUUGUUCUUUGCUCAAAUUUGUGAAAUUUUCAUUUGGAACUUCUGUUGAAUGUUAUGUAUGACAAAUUGGUACCAAAAAGCUUUUUCUAUAAUC